GGAGCCCCGCGCCUGUCUGAAAAAGCGGCACAUUGCUAUACUUUCAGCUAUGGCAUCAUCUGUCUACAGUCUUUCUCGCACGAAAAAAUGGGCCGGCUGUGGAGGGUGGUUGGCGGAGACAAGGGGGGUCUCUUGGUGCGCGACGGGCGUGAGUUGACGUCAGCCGAAAAGGCAGAGAGACUUGCGAAGCAAUCGAUUGUUGAGGAAGUGGAGAUUGCAGGGCCGCGCUUGUGCUACAGGAUAUGCAGAGGAACGGGGCCAGAAACGGGAUGGGUCAGCAUGAAGCUCAAAGACAAGCAUUUGCUGGUUCCUGCAGACACACGAGAAACUGGGAAGAGGUUCAGUGCAGAGACACCAUUGCCCGAACUGCUUUGUGUUCAGCCUAGUGUAAAGCAUGGCACUGAAAGAGGUGCCCUUGCAACACUGGACGAAUUGGAGCAAAAGGCCUGGGCACAAGUCAAAGAAACCAACAGCUCAAUGAACAGUGGGAAAGAAGCACUCGAAGACAAAAUGGUCCGCUUCAAGAGCACAGUUCAAGACCUCCUCCACGUGGCAUGGAAGCGUGAGAACCGCAAGCGCGUGGUCUUGUUUCUUGCGAAGCUGCUCGAGUUCUGCAGCAAGAACAAUUGGACUCGUGCAGCUCAAAUUCUUUGUCACCAGUUGUGCUUAGUAUCCUGGGCUUCAUCAAUGGUAGAUGUGGAGUAUUACCCCUUCCGAGAUGAUGCUGAAACCAAUCCCAUGGUGUUGCUGUGUGGCUUUGGUGGAUCCCACCUGGAUGAUUUGCAGCCAGCCAUCGAGCAAUGGACGAAGCGUGGUGCAGCAGUGCUGGCCUUUGGGCCAGCUCUUGUUGGAAGGGAAGACAUGUUGGAGCGAAUAUACGAAAAGCUGAUGGAGGUCCUGGGUGGUCAUCCUGUGAUCCUCCAUUUCUUUAGUGACGGUGGAUUUGGAAUGGCACGCUCCUUGUUGGGAAUGUGGAAUGAAAGCUGGCAGCAUGGCCAAACACGUCAAUCACCCGCUGAGACGAUCAAGUGCAUCAUCUCCGACGGAGCUGGUCUUUUGCCUCACGAGACCACUUACAUCGAAGACAUCCAAGGUGGGAAGGGUGAGCCGACCACGACCACCAACACGGCCUUGGCAUUCUUCACUGGUUGUGGAUUAAACAUGUUGAUGACCUUUGGUGCCUGCCAGGCCUUCCACGAGGAGCCAGCAAAUUCCUUUGGGAAGACACUCAUCGCCUGGUCCAACAGUGGAGACUUAGCACACGAGCUGACCAGUGCUCCCAGGGGUCCAUUAGCAUCACUGGCAGCAAUCUGGUGUUCUCCAAUGUUGAUUGUGGCCUCUCGAGGAGACAAGGUUGUUCCUCUCGAGCGCUCCUUGCUGCUCGAAAGCUGGCUUCGCAAUCUUCCAACGCGUCAAUCCCUCCAAGAGGGGAAGGAAAGGGAUGAAACUCGUUUAUACACACUGAUUCUGGAAAAGGCCCUGCAUUGCAGAGCUAUGGCCACUCAUGCCGAAGAGUAUUGGGAAGCAGUCGACAACUUGCUAGCAGCAGGUGGGGUAUCAUGCUCAGGGUAAUGCUGCUGGUGCAAAAA